GCCGCUGACGCGGCUCGGGCGUGAGGAGGAGCGAUGGCGGGGCUGUUUUGGCUGCUGCUGUGGCUGCCCGGCCCGGCGGGGGCCCUGCUGGAGGGGCUGUACUGCGGCGUCCGCGACUGCUACGCCGUCCUGGGGGUCGGCCGGGACGCCAGCAAGGCGGAGAUCGCCCGCGCCUACCGGCAGCUCGCCCUCCGCUACCACCCCGAUCGCUACCGGCCCGACGACGGCGGCGGCGGCGGCGGCGACGACCCCCUGCAUGGCGACGCCUUCCUGCUGCUCGCCACCGCCUACGAGACCCUCAAGGAUGAAGAAACACGCAAGGACUACGACUACAUGCUGGAUCAUCCAGAGGAAUACUACAGGCAUUAUUAUCACUACUACAGUAGACGGUUAGCCCCCAAGGUGGACGUCAGAAUCGUGAUUCUGGUCGCAGUGUGCGCGAUUUCGGUAUUUCAGUUUUUCAGCUGGUGGAGCAGUUACAACGAAGCCAUCAACUACUUAGCCACGAUGCCAAAGUAUCGUAUUCAGGCUACCGAAAUUGCCAGGCAACAAGGAUUGCUCAACAGGGGCAAAGAGAAAGGCAAGAACAGACGGUCCAAGGAGGAAAUCCGAGAAGAGGAGGAGAACAUCAUCAAGAAUAUUAUAAAAAAUAAGAUAGAUAUCAAGGGAGGCUACCAGAAGCCUAAAAUAUGUGACAUUCUACUAUUUCAGAUUAUUUUAGCUCCUUUUCACUUGUGUAAGUACAUUAGCUGGUACGGUCAGUGGAUUUACCGUUUUAACAUCAAAGGACAAGAGUAUGGCGAGGAAGAGAGGCUGUAUAUCAUCCGUAAAUAUAUGAAAAUGUCAAGCUCUCACUUUGACAGUCUAGAAGAGAGUCAGAAAGAAACUUUUCUGGAACGGAAGCUGUGGAUACGAGAGAAUUACGAGGUCUACAAACAGGAGCAAGAGGAAGAACUCAAGAAGAAGUUGGCCAAUGACCCUCGGUGGAAGCGAUACAGGAGGUGGAUGAGGAACGAAGGUCCCGGGAGAUUAACCUUCGUCGACGACUAGAGGCGGCUACGGAGCGCAGACGCAAAACGGCGGCACCGUGUGCGAGAUGAUUUGUCGUGACACUUGUUGUAGGAUGUAUUUAUUCCCUCGAGGCAGUAACGAAAAACUCAGGAAGCAGUUGCUCAAAUAAUAAAAUGUGAACUAGGCGCUCCCAGGAAAUUUCGGAAGGUGAGUAUCUCACGAUUGCAGGUCUGGCGUUCACGGUGUAAAGGUUCGGACUGGAAAGUUACCCACUGUACCACUUAAAACUAACCUCAAGAAUUUGGACCUCCAGCUUUUUUGUUGGGUUUUUAAUUCACUUCCCUCAUCGUUCCCCCCGUUGCCCAGAGUGGGGCUUUAAAAGGAAGCAUCGCAUUCAAUUACAGGAUUGUACGUUCGUUCAGAGGGGGGGGUCUCUCCAGAAGGAUGAUUCUGCUGUCGUGUCCUCGUAGGAUGAUUUCUGGAACAAUCAUUAUCGGGUUGUAAAUGAGUUCCAAAUAUCUCUCCGGGAGAGAGAGUCCGCUAUCGUGUCCUUGUAGGAUAAUCUUUAUUACAGUAAUUAUAGGAUUGUGGAUGUAUGCCAAAAAUCUCUCCAGGAGGGACCGCCUAGAAUGUCUCUUAUUAUCACCGUGUGAUCAUGAUGGAUUUUCAUGAAAAAGCAGCUCUCCUCUCCUAAUCCGAAAAACCAGAACACUUCUACGCCGGUGCUCGGAAAUUGCAAAGCUCUUAAGGUUCGCGGAAUCAUAUUCAGUUGGGAGUGGGGACGUUUUCAAAUUGGAGGACUAGAAUCAAGUGGUGCAUGAGUGUUUAUCAGUGUGAUAAUAGACCUUAAUUCUUCUGCUUUGUUCUUUAGAACGGGAAACUGAAGUAGGGUAUUCUAGAAUCCUGUUUUUUUUUUAAAGUUUUGUUCCUUAAAAUCAGAGUACGCGGAAGGUGACACCUGAGCCACAGCGCACACCUUUACUGAACGUUACACGUUACCUUGCGCAAGGUAACACCAAAGUGUUGGAAUACCUUCUUGUAGGGAGUCUGAUUCUCUUGUUAAAGGAGUUAUCCUAAUGCCUUAUGUCAGGAAAACAAUUUAUUCUGUUACAGCCCUCUUUGAAAGCAUAAAUUAAAACCAGACUUUAA